AUGCAGAUCGCCAUUGUAGAUUGCUUCGAAGUUAUUUCCAAUCGAUCAAAAAUGGAUUUGUGUGUAAUGCCUCGUCUGAUGAAUCGUGUGGUGUACGACGCCAUGAGGGAUUUUGAUCGUUUCGAGAAGCAUUUUCCCAUUGUUGAUGACGACAAGAAGUUCGCCGUCUCUUUGGAUGUGUCGCAGUUCCGCCCAGAAGAGUUGAACGUCCACGUGGAAGGGCGCGAGCUAACCAUCGAAGGGAAGCAGGAGCACAAAACUGAGAAGGGCGGUAUUCAAAUAGUGGUCUCAUUAACUUCCGCACAUGGAUGUUUUAGGUCAUUCAUCGGAUGGUCGGCGACCGGUGGCCACGCAGCCUAUCACGCGGCAGGCAGGCCAGGCCCUCCCAAAGUUGCUCUGCCGAAACGUACAUAUGAGUGUCCGUAA